AUAUCAUUCCCAUGAUGCAUUAGGUCUAUCUUUCCCGUUCGGCCAUAUUCUUCUAUCAGACAUCAUUCGUCUCUCCAAGAUGUUAGCUGCACGGGUUACUGCCACUCUAGCCAGGAAUAUUCCAAGGGCAGCCACUAAGGUCUGCACCAAUGCCCUUGGAGCUGGCACUAUUGCGAUCAGGAAAUUCUCUGCCACCACACCCUCUAGGGCUGCUGGUGCUGAGGUCUCUUCAAUCCUUGAAGAGAGAAUCCUUGGUCAAUCUGCCAAAGCAGACCUUGAAGAAACUGGCAAAGUCUUAUCAAUUGGUGAUGGUAUCGCCCGUGUCUAUGGACUGAAGAAUAUCCAGGCUGAGGAGAUGGUAGAGUUCUCCAGUGGCCUUAAGGGUAUGGCUCUUAACUUGGAACCUGAUAACGUUGGUGUUGUCGUCUUUGGUAACGACAAACUGAUUAAAGAAGGUGACAUUGUGAAAAGAACUGGAGCCAUUGUCGAUGUUCCUGUUGGACCAGAGCUUCUUAGUCGUGUUGUUGAUGCUUUGGGUAACGUCAUUGAUGGAAAGGGCAAUUUGGCUGCUCCUAAGCGUGCUCGUGUCGGUAUAAAAGCCCCAGGUAUCAUUCCUAGGAUAUCUGUACGCGAGCCCAUGCAAACUGGCAUCAAAGCUGUUGAUAGCUUGGUCCCUAUUGGCCGAGGUCAGCGAGAGUUGAUCAUUGGUGACAGGCAGACUGGCAAAACUGCCAUUGCUAUUGACACCAUCAUCAACCAGAAGCGUUUCAACGAGGGCACUGACGAGUCCAAGAAACUUUACUGUAUCUACGUUGCUAUUGGCCAGAAAAGAUCCACUGUAGCUCAGAUUGUCAAGCGACUGACAGAUGCCGAUGCUAUGAAAUAUACAAUUGUUGUGAGUGCCACAGCCUCUGAUGCUGCUCCAUUGCAGUAUCUGGCUCCUUACUCUGGCUGUGCCAUGGGAGAAUACUUCAGAGACAAUGGAUCCCAUGCUCUCAUCAUUUAUGAUGAUCUUUCCAAACAGGCUGUUGCCUACCGUCAGAUGUCUCUGUUGCUGCGUCGUCCCCCCGGACGUGAAGCUUAUCCUGGUGAUGUAUUCUACCUUCACUCUAGAUUGUUGGAAAGAGCUGCUAAACUGAACCAAGACCAUGGUGGUGGCUCCCUCACUGCUCUGCCAGUCAUUGAGACCCAGGCUGGUGAUGUGUCUGCCUAUAUUCCAACUAAUGUCAUCUCUAUUACCGAUGGACAGAUCUUCUUGGAAACUGAAUUGUUCUACAAAGGUAUCAGACCUGCUAUCAAUGUAGGUUUGUCUGUGAGUCGUGUCGGCUCUGCUGCUCAGACCAAAGCCAUGAAACAGGUGGCUGGCUCUAUGAAACUCGAGUUGGCUCAGUAUCGUGAAGUUGAAGCUUUCGCUCAGUUUGGAUCUGAUUUAGACCAGUCUACUCAAAACCUUUUGAACAGGGGUGUCAGGUUGACAGAGUUACUCAAACAAGGCCAGUAUUGUCCUAUGGCUAUUGAAGAACAGGUUGCAACCAUUUAUGCUGGUGUGAGAGGUUAUUUGGACAAGUUGGAGCCAUCUAAGAUUACCCUUUUUGAGAGCCAGUUCUCUAAGCAUGUGCAAGCUACCCAACAGGAGCUCUUGAAGCAGAUCCGUGAAGAUGGUCAAAUCACACCUGAAAGUGAUACCAAAUUAAAAGCUGUUGUAACUGAUUUCCUUUCUGGCUUCUCUCCUUAAGGGCUGAUGGGUUUUUAGGAAAGUGAAAUGGAGGAAAUUUUGGUUACAUCAUUAGUUAUCAUUGGGCUGCCUCAUGUUAAAACCUUCGUCUUAGAUGUAUGUACAGACGUUUAUUAAUAAAUGAAAAUAACUUCCGA